AUGAUAAAUCCAACGAUGGCCAUGAAUCCUUUACUGACGGCACCAGGGCAGCAGAGGAUGCCACUGGUUCCUUCAACAUUUGAACCUCCAACGGUGGAUCGAGAUUUAUUGUCUUCCACUGUAGCUCCUGCUGACCCAAGACAGUUUUGUGUUCCUUCCCAAUUUGGAUCCUCUGUUCUACCAAAUGCAAAUAUGCCGAACGUGCUAUCCAAUCAUGUCUACUCAGGUUGGGGCAUUUUACCACCUGAAUCCAUAAAGGCAAUGGCAAGAAGGAAUGAAAUGAUUCAAAGGCAGCAUACUGCCAGGAUGGAAAUGGAAAUGCAUGCAUUUUACCAGCAAAGGAGAAUAGAAAAAGUGAAUCCCAAGGGACUAGCAGGACCAGGGAUACCAUUCCUCUAUAGCUCCAGCAUCCCUCCUGGCCCAGCCAACUACCAUGGCAGGAGCAUGCUCCCUGCCAGUGACCUGCAUUUUCACAGAAGCACCCUGAGAAACCUUCAGGGAACCCCCACGCUAGUGGCAGCUGGUCCACAUUUUCUAGAAAGCUGGAGUCAGAAAUGUCGUCGUCUCAGGAGAGGUGCUGGGAAUCAGAAAGUUCUAGACAGCGAUACUGAGAGCUCUAAAAGUCAAGGAGAAGAAAAAAUCUUAGGCCAGACUCAUGUGAUUCCCUAUGAAGAGGAUGAAUUUGCAAAAGAACCAGAAACCGAAGCUCUCAACAAUCAGAAGUCAAGGGAAACCAAUGAAAAGCCAGCUCUUGGCAACACCUGUGGGGAGCUCGAGCCCACCCAUAAAAAACCUUGGGGAGCUCAUGGUGCUCCCCUAGAAGCAAAGGCCUGGGAUGGUGCAAAGGAGAAGAUUUCAGAGCAAGGCUUUGCAGCCUGUGGUGAAAAGAAUGGGGUUUGUCCCCCAAUUCCUCGACCGUCUCUGCCAGGAGCGCACCCACUGGUUACAAUUGGGGAAAAUCUGUCUUUGGAUGAAGAUAUUCAGAAAUGGACCGUGAAUGACGUGCACGACUUCAUUAGGGGCCUUCCAGGUUGUUCAGAUUAUGCUCAGGUAUUUAAAGAUCAUGCAAUUGAUGGAGAAACCUUGCCAUUACUCACCGAGGAGCAUCUUCGCAGCACUCUGGGAUUAAAGCUAGGGCCGGCGCUCAAGAUUCAGUCUCAGGUAUCUCAGCAAGUGGAAAGUAUGUUGUAUAAGAAAAGUCUUUUACUUCCUACCCAUACAAAACAACCAUUUGAUCAACCAGCAGAUACAUCCCCUCUUUUGGAUUUUAAUUCCUGGGGUGAUACAUUGGAUGUCCCUUGUUCCCAGGAUAUAACAAUUCCUAAAUGAAGCGAACAAGAUAGCAUGAGAAAUUAAAACCCUCAAGGAGCAAGAACAGUCUUAAUCAGUUUUCCAAAGAGUCCAGGACAUUCUGAAGGGUGUGUGAGGGUUUCCCAAGAUGAGAUGGAAGCUGGGAAGAAGAGAAAGCCAGCCCUCCUGGAGCCCUUAAGGAGGCCUUGUCCGAGAGCCUUCCUAAUGUGACUUCAGCCCAAAGUGGCUGCAGGUGUAUC